GCUGGCUAGUACGUAGUUGGCGGCGUGAGGGAGGUGCAAGUAUUAGUUGCGUGUAGAAUGGGAGCUCUUGGAGUUCUUUGGUAAUCUUGUGUCAUUCGAAGUGCCGCAUCUUUCGCCAAAAUUCAAAAUGCAAUUGUUCCUUGUUAUGUUGAUUGUUGAGUGUUGACUGUGAUCAGCUGUGUUACGUGGUGUGAGUUUUGUGUUGUGGAACAAAAUGUGGGCUGAUACGUUGUUGAUUCUUUUCAUAUCGGUAUGCACAGCGUUGUUGGGAGAAGGUCUUACGUGGCUAAUGGUGUACAGAACAGAAAAAUAUCAGAAACUAAAAGCUGAAGUAGAGAGACAGAGUAAAAGAUUGGAGAAACGCAAAGAGGCACAUGGUGACUCUUUUGAUAAACAACACAAGAAGAAAAUAGAAAGAGAGGAAGAGAAACUGAAGAACAAUAAUAGAGAUCUGUCAUUAGUGAAAAUGAAAUCAGUUUUUGCAAUUGGUUUUGCCUUCACUGCUCUUUUGAGCAUGUUUAAUAGUAUCUUUGAUGGAAGAGUUGUUGCAAGAUUACCUUUUGUUCCAAUUUCAUGGAUCCAAGGACUGUCUCACAGGAAUCUGCCUGGAGAUGAUUACACAGAAUGUUCCUUUAUCUUCUUGUACAUUCUUUGUACAAUGUCUAUUAGACAGAACAUCCAGAAGCUGCUUGGUUUUGCACCUUCUAGAACAGCAAGCAAGCAAAGUGGUGGCCUCUUUGGACCACCACCUCAACAGUUCAAAUAGUUUUCUGGACUUAAGCAUUCUUAAUUUUUUUUUUUUUUUUUUUGAGUAAGUAGAUGUGGACACUUCAAGCAGGAGGCUACUGGAUGGUUGUUGGGCAAAUAGGGAACACCCCCCCCCCCUCCUCUCUCUCUCUCUCUCUCUCUCUCUCUCUCUCUCUCUCUCUCUCUCUCUCUCUCUCUCUCUGUGUGUGUGUGUGUGUGUGUGUGUGUGUGUGUGUGUGUGUGUGUGUGUGUGGAGAGAGAGAGAAAGAAAUAUAGUCUUUUAUUUAUUUAUUCAGUUUUUGAUUUAAGAGUGUGACUAAAAAUUCAAUAACUGACAUUUGAGAUUUUUUAUGCACAUAAGAAGUAAUUUAAUUGAGGAAGAGGGUGGUGUAGGAGCUGAAUGUAUUUAUUUCCUAGAAGUACAAUAAAAAUAAUAAUUGUUGAACACAUUUAUUUGGGAAAAUGUUUCAUUAUAAGGGGCUGUGAUUUGUGUGUGAUGAAGUUGUUCCUAUGCUAUAUUUUGUCACUGGACUUUCCUAUAAUUGUUUUUAAAAUUUAUUUGUUUUCAUGUUCCAAUAAUAAAUUAUCUGAGUUGUUACUGCACAUCAUUUCAUUUAAUGCAUGCUUCUAGUGGUGCUUGUGUUUAUCUCGCACCCAGUAAAUUCCACCUAUAAAUGUAAGUAAUGUCCAGUCACAGAGUGAACUGGUACAGAGCAGAAUUUGUACAUCCACACUCGGAAUUUUCAAGAAUGUUCCCACAGCAAGACCAAUGCCGGCGACCAGGAUGUCCAGCAUGGCCAUGGCCGCAACCCUGGUAGCCACCUGGUGACAUAAACAAAAUGAAGUAAUGAUGAUGUCUGUUAUUUGUGGGUCCUUAUUGUACAGUGCCAACUUCAGUUUCACAUUGGUUCUUAUACAUUGAUGCAUUGUAUAUACAUGUACAGUUUGCAUGGAAACUUAAUUUUAAUGGAAAAAUAAUGAAAGGAAGUGUUAUAUUGUUUGAGAAUACAAGACGUAUAGGUUAAAGAAAAUGUUUGUGCCUUAUCUUCCCUAUAUAAAGCCUUUUGUUAGAUAUUCUAUUACCUGGCAUUUUCCCACCACAUCCACAUGUAGCAGUUUUGCUCCCAUUACUGGAACAAAAGCUGCAGCAAUGAAAUGUCCCAUGGUGAGGACGCAGUGUCCUCACACAGACCAGGAAAGGACUUCCCUGUAAAAGAUAUGCAAGUUGCUCUUGAGUGGACACAUUUAUAAAGGCGGCAUUUUCAGACACCAUCUUUGUUUACAGAAUAUGACAGUUUACAUGUGAUGUCUUAAGGCAGUGAAAGGAACUUGUUACCACUGGAGUGCCACAAGUUCCUCCAGAAAUCAUAACACAACACAUAACAUAAUGCUAACAAAUGUAAAUCCACCUGAUGAUGGAGGUUUACACCUUUCAAACACAUCAUGGAGAUAAAUAGUGACUGGUAACAGUAAACAUGUUGUUUCAUUUGAUUUCAUUGUCAUUGAUGAUACUUUGUUUCUUCUUUCAUGUCAAUUAAUGCAGCAAGGGAUUGUGUAUAAUUUAUGGGAUGAACUAUGUAUUUAUAUUCCAUAAGUGACAAACUUUAUCUGUUGAAAACCAUAUGAGAUCUUUCUUUUCUGAAUGAUCGAGAAGGAUGUACUCUGCAUGUGCAAAUAAUUCCUUAGUAUUGUGUUAGUUUUCAGACAAAUGCAUGUUUUAUGCAACAAAUCAUACAAGAGAAUACACAUAGUUAGAUGAUUGUGUGAGAAGCUAACUAGUGUCCUAUGAGUUUUAUGAGUUAACACCAUCUGUGCAGUUUUGCUCAAGAAAUAGCCUUAGUAACUCCAAUAUUUUCUCCUGAAAUAGCCAAUUGACAUCAAGGAGGGAACGAAUGAAAAAUAAGCUAACAUAAAAGUGUAUCACAGGUACUGAUGAGAGAAAAUAUUUUAAUCAUAAAGGUUACUAACUGCAGUCUACUUGUGCAGUUUAAAAAAAGGUGACUCCCAUGAGGACUUGUCAUUGAACCUCAGUCCCAGUAAUCUAGUGUGCUCCCCUUCAUGACACUGUUUCGAGGUACUGGAAUAAUGUCACCUACAGAAUUGUGGAUGAGAAACUUAAUAUGCUGUGCUUACUGUAAAAGGAAUCAGUUUAUUAGAUAUAAACCAUAAACUGGUUCCUUUGCGUAAAUUAUUUGCUUUAUUAUUCAGUUCAUACCCUGGAUAUUUGUCAGUGUUACCAGAAAAUAAAAGCAAGUUUGGACCUCUGUGCUACACUCAGUGGAAAGUGUAUGAUGUAUUACAAGUUCAAGGACUUCUCGCUUUGUACCACUUAUGUAACUUGGAUCCAUUCUGUGGCUUUUUCCUAAUUCCACAGUAAUGCAGUGUUUAUGGAAAUAUACUUUUGUCCCCAUUGUCA